GGGAGCUGUUUCCCGGAGGGCCGCUAUUGGCGGCGGACUGCCGGCCCGGCCCGGCUAGCCGGGGCGGGGCGCGUGCCCCGGAAGCGCUCGGCGCGCCGCGGGCUCGGCAUGGCAGUGCCCGGCCGCGGGUGAGGCGCUGAGCGGGGCGGCGGGAGCCAUGCGCGGCGGCAGCAGCAGCAGCGGCGGUGGCGGCGCGGCGCGAGCGCGGCGGUAGCGGCCAUGGGGGCGCCGGGCGGGCGGCGGGCGGCGGCGGCGCUGCGCGGGGCGCGGCGGCUGUGCCACUGGGGGCCGCUGGUGGCCCUGGCUGUGGUGGCCGUGUGCUCCGCCACCGCCCUGGCGGACGCCGCGCUCUGGUACUGGCCGCUGGACACCGCCGGCGGGAGCGUCCACUUCAUCGUGCUGCUCAACUGGACCGUCAUGAUCCUCUACAACUACUUCAACGCCAUGUUCGUCGGGCCCGGAUACGUCCCGCUGGGCUGGGCGCCGGAAAAAUCUCAGGAUUGCAUGUAUCUCCAAUACUGUAAAGUGUGCCAGUCUUACAAGGCACCACGUUCACACCACUGUCGAAAAUGUAACAGGUGUGUCAUGAAGAUGGAUCACCAUUGUCCUUGGAUCAACAACUGUUGUGGAUACCAGAAUCAUGCAUCUUUUACUCUGUUCCUCCUGUUAGCUCCACUGGGAUGCAUUCAUGCUUCUUUCAUAUUCGUUAUGACCAUGUACACUCAGCUUUAUAACAGAAUAUCUUUUGGGUGGAGUUCUGUAAAGAUUGACAUGAGUGCAGCCAAAAGAGACCCUCGACCUAUUAUUCCUUUUGGACUGUCUGCAUUUGCUGCAUCUUUAUUUGCCUUAGGACUGGCAUUAGGAACAACUAUUGCUGUUGGUAUGUUGUUUAUUAUCCAGAUGAAAGUCAUCUUGACAAAUAAAACUUCAAUCGAAUCCUGGAUUGAAGAAAAGGCCAAAGACAGAAUCCAAUACUACCAAACGGGUGAGACCUUUAUUUUUCCUUAUGACAUGGGAAGUAAGUGGAAAAACUUCAAGCAAGUGUUUACAUGGUCUGGGAUUCCUGAGGGAGAUGGCCUGGAUUGGCCAGUAAGAGAUGGCUGUCAUCAGUACAGUUUGACGAUAGAGCAACUGAAGCAGAAAGCAGACAAGCGAGUAAGAAGUGUGCGGUAUCAAGCAGUAGAAGACUACAGUGGUGUCUGCUGCCCUGUGACUAAAGGUGUUAAAACAUUCUUCACAACACCGUGCACUGAAGAACCUAGAAUUGCCCUGAGUAAAGGGGAUCUGAUUUUAGCCACGAGAGGCUUAAAACACUGGAUGUAUGGUGAGAAGAUUCUCGACUCAGCUGCUGAUGGUGGAAUAAGAGAACGAGGCUGGUUCCCUAGGAAAUGUGUGGAAAAAUGCCAAUAUGACUCUGAAAUGGAUCAACCAAUGGAUGGAGAGAAGAAAAGCAGAUAGCCUUCUCAUUUUUUUUUUUAAUUAAGAAUUGGAAAUUUUACUUUCAAACCACAAUCCUUUACUUGAAAUUUUCUGUAUAUUACUUUACACUUAUGCAAUGAAUAUGUUAAGACAGGGUUUUCUUUUCCUCACAGCUGAAAGGGUUGGAUAUGUCUGUGCCAUGAUUUGCAUACUUUUUUAACAAUAAAUAAUUGAAGAAGCCAUUCAAUGGAUUGCCUUCACGAUGCAACUUUUUCUUCCCAAGUCAGAUUUCUUUUCUUUUUGCUGUUUAAAUUGCAUUUUAUUGCAUACCAAGGGAUUAUAUUUUAGUUUUUCCACAACAGCAUCAGAUUGUGAUGCGUGCUAUUUAUCUUUUGUAUUUUCCUUUCUCCGAAGCUGCCCCCUGAAAACUAUAAAAUAAACCUCUAAUUCAAAUUCACAAUAAGAUUUGUUACCUGUGACUUUUAAUGAUGUGAAUUGUCCACCUCAAAUAAAUGAUACAUAUUCAUA